UUACGUCAUCGUAAUGUCAAAGGGUAAACUUUAUUUCGUUCUACAAUAACAAAAGCAAUAAAGGAAAAUAUAUUUAGUAGUCGUAAAUCAUAGUUUAUAUAUCAUUUUUUUAAUAUAGCUGGUUAGAUUAUAGUGGUAACCAAUUACUCAAGUGCCGAAACCUGUAUAAUCUGUAGUCUACAUGAGUGUUGAUGUCGAGGAAGCUAACGAGACGCAACAACUGAUGCAGAAUGAGGGCGAGGAAGACGAGGCGAAGAUCACGCAGUCCGCAACAUCGCCUGUAACCAGCAACAAGAUGUCCAGCGGCGGCGCCAGCCUGGCGUCGCGCACCCCGGGCCAGGCGUUCGCGAGCACGGGAAACAGCAUCAACGAUUCAACAAAGCUAUCUAUUGUAAACGAAAGGAGACUCCAUCGAGACCUGAUGCGCUCAAAUUACAGUAACAGGCCCAAACAUAUACCUAAGGAAGCACCUGAUGUAAAACAUAUGGAGAAAGCGCUUCUUGGUUUGCUGGAUGAUUUCCACUCAGGGAAAUUGAGCGCAUUCGGCGCUGGCUGCAGCAUGGAGCAGAUGAUAAACAUCAGAGACCAGCAGGAACACCUGGCGCGCCUCCACUUCCGGCUCUGCGCCGACGUGGAGAAGCCAACAGAGGACAGUUUUGACAAAUCUGCCUCUAGAUUUAAGAUGACACAAUUGGUCCAAAGUUUAGAACAGCUCUCAGCGUCCAUAGAGCACCUGCAUUCAGAUGGUAAUUUUAGUACAACUAGUAGCAAUAAAUAAAUAUAAAGAAGUAAUGUUAGGGGGUGUAGAAAAUAGUAGGAUUAUCAAUACUGUAUGUAUAAAUUGUAGGAGUUAUAACACAACAUGUAACUACAUUUUAUAUUCAAGCAUUAUGUGUUUUGGUAUAUAGGUAGCAAUAAAAUCACUUUGCCAUUGAUGCUCUUGUCCUAAAAAUAACCCACUAUAAUAUCAGAUUCAUCAGUUACAUUUAUAACUAUGGAUAUUAGUUUGUUUACUAGAGUGACUUAAACAAAGGUGAAGAAGAGGUCCAUUGUCUGAAGAAACCUUUUGUUCAAAUGUUCAGUAUAAUGAUUUGUGAGAAUUGGCAUAACUUUUGUGGAUUAAAUAUGACCACUUUUCAAUUAGGUGAGAAGUGAAUAAAAAAUAUGUAUUUUUAAUCCCAUUUAUUACGUAUUUAAGUGAUCAAUGUAAAAGCUAGGUAACUUAGUAAGAACUUACAUGCAAUUCUCAUCAUUAUCUUAUAGAUGGCAAUGAAAUUUUGUUUGAAUGUAGUCUACCUUACAACUUGACAAAUAAACAGUAGGAAUUAAAAAGUGACAUUCUACAUCUGUGUCAUCCCUUCUUAUCAACAUGUGUGAGAAAAUGAAGUGACAACAAUGUUGUCAGUUUUUAAUUUCUGCUCUUUUCCAGUGGAUAGUGUAACACAAAAUUGCAUGCCUGUUCCUGCUAGUCAAAGCCUCGCCAUAAUAUUUUUGAUUUGUAAUUAUAACAUAAAACAUAUCUUAGGUCUCUUAGGUACUGGUGGGUUUUCUUAAAUCUUGUUCUUGUACAUUGUUUUAAAUUAAAGCUUAAUAAGUAAUCAAUGUAAUCAUAGCGCUGGUGGGUUCUAAAAAGAUAGUCCGGUAUUUUACCAUGUUAUUGAAUAUACAGAAAUAAUCAUGUUUCAUUUCUCCAAAUCAAGUUAUAACCAGAGAUCGGACAAUUGGGCGUCAUUCUAACAAAAUAAGGUUCAUUAUUCCGAAAACGUCAUACAAAUGACGCCCAACUGUCCGAUCUCUGGUUAUAACCAUUUUGGGAGCGGGAAUGAAUUCGUGUAUUUGUAACUCUGUUUAUAGUCAUUUGAAUUACUGAAAUAUAUAUUUAACUAUGUAACUGGCUCCAAAUGUACCUAGAAAUGUUAAAGUAAUGUUUAUCUUUUAUCGUUUUCACCACUUUUGGGCUAGUGUAAAUCAUUCCCGCUCCCAAAACCCCGAUGUAUGGUUAUAACGCAUCCUAAAUAUAGCCAGCACCAUAGAUAAUUGUCUCAGCCUCCAUAACGAUUUGAAUAGAUCUAAAUACAAAAUUUGUGUGACUCAAUAAUUUGAAAGUAUUUAAAACAACACUAUUUUGAGCGGUAAUUAAAUGUCUUGCUUCUGCUUUGGGAAACAUUAAAUUAUUAGUGUUGUAGAUGGAGUGUCUUAUCCUGUGAGUUAUCCAAUGGCUUAUUAUGUAUAUGGCAACCAUACAAUAGAGUCUGAAAACAAUUAAUAAGUAUAUUUUGUGCCAAGAUGUGUCCCACUCUUCUUUGCAAUCACUGAGUCGGUUCAGCACAGCAUGCAUACUCAUGCGAGUCCAUACAUCUAGCGUGACUUGUAGUAUGAACAUUUUUGCUAGACCGCCGGGUAUAGAAAGGUGCAAGCUUUUAGCAGUUGUAAUUGUUUAUAAAAAUUAUCACACAUUUGUAUAAGUAUAAAAGUAAUUAUAAAGAAGAGUGAGCGUCUUCGUGGAUAGCUGGGUCCGCCCAGAGGGAGGCAGCCACUGCAAACGUUUGGUGUAAACGUGCCUCGGCCGAGGAAAACGUCAAUAUUGAACAUUUGCCGCGCGAACACAUUGCCUCGCGACGUGCCUCGUCUUGUGUGGACCCAGCUGAUAACAUACACUAUAGCAGUUUUAAGCAAUAUUUCAGUAUGUUUUUUAUGCGAGUCUUAGAUAAUUCAAACUAAACAAUAACAACAUGUAAUAAAUAUAUUAAUCAACAUCGAAA